AUGGAGAAGACAGAGAUGGGUGCGGCCAACAAGUCGGUCCCGGAGAACUCCUCCAUGGACCAGGUGCAGCAACAGACCUCGGUCGCCUCAGGGCAGUCUGUCGAGAAGAAGAACCCUUGGUGGCAUCCGAUCAUCGAGCCUGGCUCUGCAAUCCAGAUCAUCAUCGCUGCUGCCCUUGCAGUGGGCAUCGGUCUCGGCGUCAAGAGCGCUCACCCUGAUAUCCCCGACGCUGCGACCACGAUCCUCAUCAUCCCCGGUAAUCUCUGGCUGAGGGCUCUAAAGGCUGUUGUCCUGCCAAUGAUUGUAACGGCAAUGAUCCUCGCAGUGCAAAAGCUAAAGGAGAUCAGCCACGGCGGCGCAAAGCUGGCGAAAUGGACAAUCGGCUACUACGUCCUGACCACCAUCAUCGCAAUCGUUCACUCCAUCAUCAUGACCUCCCAGGUCUGGGCUCGCUUGAUGACCGUGGCUUCAGCAGAGUCUAUCGCCGUUGACGGGAUGUCCGAAAAGGACCAGGAAACAUACGACGAACGUCAGGAGCAGGAUAUUCCAGCCACCGUGACCGAACUCUUCAACUCCCUCAUACCGGCGAACGUGGUCAAUGCUCUCGCCUCCGACCACCUCCUUGCCGUUCUGGUAUCUGCGGUGGUUGUAGGAUAUCUCAUCGAUGACCGCGAUGGAAGAUCAUCUCUCAUGAAGGCUUGCAGAGAGAUCGAGGCCAUUAUCCUCGUCGUCAUCUCAUUUUUGAUCUCUCUGGCCCCUAUCGCCAUAUUCUUCCUUAUUCUUCCGAAUAUGUUCAAGCUCGAUAUCAAUGACAUCGGUGUCAACCUCGGCAUCCUGAUGGGCGGCUCCAUUAGCUCGAUGUUCAUCCACCUAUUCGUGGUUCUGCCCCUCAUAUUCUUUGCCUUUACUCGCAUGAACCCCUACACCUUGUGGUUCUCCUGCUCUCCAGCUUGGUUGACCGCCUGGGGAACUGCGUCAUCCGCCGCUACACUCCCAUUGACAAUGAAAUGCGUCCGCGAAAAGGCCAAAGUCCCCAACACCAUUGCUAAAUUUGCAGUGCCCCUCGGGUGUCUGAUCAACAUGGACGGCACGGCAAUUUAUUUCCCAAUUGUCGUCGUGUUUCUCGCACAGACACAAGGCCAUGUUCUCAAUGCCGCAGACUACAUCAUCAUUCUCUUGCUUUCGACUCUGGCGUCCAUCGGCACUACCCCUAUCCCUAGCUCUUCCCUCGUCCUGACCGUCAUGAUCUCCUCGAGUGUCGGUAUCCCGCCUAGCGGCAUGUACGGAGUAGUUGUAGCCGUGGACUGGUUCAUCGACAGAUUUAGGACUGCAACAAACGUGUCUGGCGACCUUUUUGCUGCCGUAAUCGUCUCCAAGAUGACUGGCAUCACGGAUCCUGAAGAUGGAUCCGAAGAUGAGGUGACGGAGGUCAGACAGAACGACGAUCGCGUCUAA